CCUUGUCACAAUGAAGGCCCCUGCUGUGCUUGCACCUGGUGUCCUUGUGCUCCUGUUUACCUUGGUGCGGAAGAGCCAUGGGGAGUGUGAAGAGGCACUUGCCAAGUCCAAGAUGAAUGUGAACAUGAAGUAUCAGCUUCCCAACUUCACUGCAGACACACCCAUCCAGAACGUCGUUUUGCAUGAGCAUCACAUUUUCCUUGGUGCCAUUAACAACAUUUAUGUUCUAAAUGACAAAGACCUCCAGAAGGUUGCUGAGUACAAGACCGGGCCCGUGUUGGAGCACCCAGAUUGUUUGCCGUGUCAGGACUGCAGUAGCAAAGCCAAUUUAUCAGGUAGUGUUUGGAAAGAUAACAUCAACAUGGCCCUGCUUGUUGACACAUACUAUGAUGACCAACUCAUUACCUGUGGCAGCGUCAACAGGGGGACCUGCCAGCGGCACGUCCUACCACCUGAUAAUCCUGCUGACAUACACUCGAAGGUGCAUUGCAUGUACUCCCCACAGGCAGACGAGGAGCCCAGCAAGUGUCCUGACUGCGUGGUGAGCGCUCUGGGAACCAAAGUCCUACUUACCGAGAAGGACAGGUUCAUCAACUUCUUUGUAGGUAAUACUGUCAAUUCUUCCUACCUUCCAGAUCAUUCAUUGCAUUCGAUAUCGGUGAGAAGGCUAAAGGAAACGCAAGAUGGAUUUAAGUUUUUGACGGACCAGUCCUAUAUUGAUGUUCUACCUGAGUUCCGAGAUUCGUACCCCAUUAAGUAUGUCCAUGCCUUCAAACACAACCAGUUUAUUUACUUUUUGACUGUCCAACGGGAAACUCUAGAAUCUCAGACCUUUCACACAAGAAUCAUCAGGUUCUGUUCUGUAGACUCUGGAUUGCAUUCCUACAUGGAAAUGCCUCUGGAGUGUAUUCUCACUGAGAAGAGAAGGAAGAGGUCAGCCAGGGAGGAGGUGUUUAAUAUCCUUCAGGCUGCCUACGUCAGUAAGCCUGGGGCCUAUCUCGCUAAGCAAAUAGGUGCCCUCCCAGAUGAUGACAUUCUCUAUGGGGUGUUCGCACAAAGCAAGCUAGAUUCAGCGGAACCAAUGAAUCGAUCUGCCGUCUGUGCAUUCCCAAUCAAAUAUGUCAAUGACUUCUUCAACAAGAUUGUCAACAAAAACAAUGUGAGAUGUCUCCAGCAUUUUUAUGGACCCAACCAUGAACACUGCUUUAAUAGGACGCUGUUGAGAAAUUCAUCGGGCUGUGAAGUGCGCAGGGAUGAAUAUCGAACAGAGUUUACCACAGCUUUGCAACGCGUUGACUUAUUCACGGGCCAGUUCAACCAGGUCCUCUUAACAUCCAUAUCCACCUUCAUUAAAGGAAACCUCACGAUUGCUAACCUUGGGACCUCAGAGGGUCGUUUCAUGCAGGUUGUGGUUUCUCGAUCGGGAUUGACGACACCGCAUGUGAACUUUCGCCUGGAUUCCCAUGCUGUGUCCCCUGAGGUUAUUUUGGAACACCCAUUAAACCAAAAUGGCUACACGCUGGUUAUCACUGGGAAGAAGAUCACCAAGAUCCCGUUGGAUGGCUUGGGCUGCGACCAUUUCCAGUCCUGCAGUCAGUGUCUCUCCGCCCCUUCCUUUGUGCAGUGUGGCUGGUGCCACAAUAAGUGUGCGCGAGCAGAGGAAUGCCCCAACGGGAUGUGGACUCAAGAGAUCUGUCUGCCGACGAUUUAUGAGGUUUUCCCAACUAGUGCACCCCUUGAAGGAGGGACAACGCUGACAGUAUGUGGCUGGGACUUUGGAUUCAGGAGGAAUAAUAAAUUUGAUUUAAAGAAAACCAGAGUUCUCAUUGGAAAUGAUAGCUGCACCUUGACCUUGAGCGAGAGCACAACAAAUACGUUGAAAUGCACAGUAGGUCCUGCAAUGAAUAAGCAUUUCAAUCUGUCCAUCAUUAUUUCAAAUGGUCGAGGGACAGCACGAUAUAGGACAUUUUCCUAUGUGGAACCUGUAAUUACGAGUAUUUCUCCAAGUUAUGGUCCUAAGGCUGGAGGCACUUUGGUUACUUUAACUGGAAAGUACCUAAACAGUGGGAACUCUAGACACAUUUCAAUUGGUGGAAAAACGUGUACUUUAAAAAGUGUGUCAGAUAGUGUUCUCGAAUGUUAUACCCCAGCCCAAAGCAUUUCAACUGACUUUCCCGUCAAACUGAAAAUUGACUUAGCCAACCGAGAGGCCUACAGCUUCAGUUACCAGGAAGACCCUACUGUCUAUGAAAUCCAUCCAAACAAAUCUUUUAUUAGGUAUGUAAAAAAAGAACGUCUCAAUAUUGCCAUUUUUCUAUUUUAUUUUGCCAGUGGUGGAAGCACAAUAACAGGUAUUGGAAAAAACCUGAAUUCAGUUAGUGUCCCAAGGAUGGUAAUAAAUGUCCAGGAAGCAGGAAGGAACUUUACAGUGGCAUGUCAGCAUCGCUCUAAUUCAGAGAUAAUCUGCUGUACAACUCCUUCACUGCAACAGCUGAACCUGCAACUCCCCCUGAAAACCAAAGCUUUCUUCAUGUUAGAUGGGAUCCAUUCCAAUUACUUUGAUCUCAUUUAUGUACAUAAUCCUGUGUUUAAACCUUUUAAAAAGCCUGUGAUGAUCUCAAUGGGCAAUGAAAAUGUACUGGAAAUUAAGGGAGAUUAUAUUGACCCUGAAGCAGUUAAAGGUGAAGUGUUGAAAGUUGGAAAUAAGAGCUGUGAGAAUAUACACUUACAGUCUGAAGCUGUUUUAUGUACAGUCCCCAAUGACUUGCUGAAAUUGAACAGUGAGCUAAAUAUAGAGUGGAAGCAAGCAGUUUCCUCAACUGUCCUUGGAAAAGUAAUAGUUCAACCAGAUCAGAAUUUCACAGGAUUGAUUGUUGGUGUUGUCUCGAUAUCAAUAAUACUCCUAUUAUUACUCGGGCUUUUCCUGUGGCUGAAAAAGAGAAAGCAAAUUAAAGAUCUGGGCAGUGAAUUAGUUCGCUAUGAUGCAAGAGUACACACUCCUCAUUUGGAUAGGCUUGUAAGUGCCCGAAGUGUAAGCCCAACUACAGAAAUGGUUUCAAAUGAAUCGGUAGACUACCGAGCUACUUUUCCAGAAGACCAGUUUCCUAACUCAUCUCAGAAUGGAUCAUGCCGACAAGUGCAGUACCCUCUGACGGACAUGUCCCCCAUUCUAACUAAUGGGGACUCUGAUAGCUCCAUUCCAUUACUGCAAAAUAACGUCCACAUUGACCUCAGUGCUCUAAAUCCAGAGCUGGUCCAAGCAGUCCAGCAUGUUGUAAUCGGGCCGAGCAGCCUGAUUGUGCAUUUCAAUGAAGUCAUAGGAAGAGGGCAUUUUGGGUGUGUUUAUCAUGGAACUUUGUUGGACAAUGGUGACAAGAAAAUUCACUGUGCUGUGAAAUCCUUAAAUAGAAUCACUGACAUAGGAGAAGUUUCCCAGUUUCUGACUGAGGGAAUCAUCAUGAAAGAUUUUAGCCAUCCCAACGUUCUCUCGCUCUUGGGAAUCUGCCUUCGAAGUGAGGGGUCUCCCCUGGUGGUCCUACCAUACAUGAAACAUGGAGAUCUUCGAAAUUUCAUUAGAAAUGAGACUCACAACCCAACCGUGAAAGAUCUUAUUGGCUUUGGUCUUCAAGUAGCCAAGGGCAUGAAAUACCUUGCAAGCAAAAAGUUUGUCCACAGAGACUUGGCAGCAAGAAACUGCAUGCUGGAUGAAAAAUUCACGGUCAAGGUUGCUGAUUUUGGUCUUGCCCGGGAUGUGUAUGACAAAGAAUACUACAGUGUACACAACAAAACCGGUGCAAAGCUGCCAGUGAAGUGGAUGGCUUUAGAGAGCCUGCAGACUCAGAAGUUCACCACCAAGUCAGAUGUGUGGUCCUUUGGUGUGCUUCUCUGGGAACUGAUGACAAGGGGAGCUCCACCUUAUCCUGAUGUAAACACCUUUGAUAUAACAGUUUACUUAUUGCAAGGAAGGAGGCUUUUACAACCUGAAUACUGCCCCGAUCCCUUGUAUGAAGUGAUGCUAAAAUGCUGGCAUCCUAAAGCUGAAAUGCGUCCAUCCUUUUCUGAACUGGUGUCGCGGAUAUCAGCGAUAUUCUCUACUUUCAUCGGGGAGCACUAUGUCCACGUGAACACUACUUACGUGAAUGUGAAAUGUGUCGCUCCAUAUCCUUCUCUCUUGUCGUCACAAGAUAGCGUGGAUGACGAGGUGGACACAUGA